UAGCACUUACGAUCUAUAUUUGAUACCGCGCGAAGGUGAUUCAAACACUGAUGCUGACACGAAGCGGGCUUCGGGCGUCACCGCCAUCUGGGUUGCCAGAAAUCGUUUUGCGGUGUUAGAUAGGGCGUAUUCGUUGGUCAUUAAAAAUUUGAAGAACGAAAUUACAAAAAAGGUGCAGAUCCCAAACUGUGACGAAAUAUUUUACGCUGGUACUGGAAUGCUCCUUUUACGUGAUGCUGAUCAAGUAACGCUCUUUGACGUUCAACAGAAAAGAACAUUAGCCGAAGUAAAAAUUUCGAAGUGUAAAUAUGUCGUGUGGUCUAGCGAUAUGUCUCACGUCGCUUUACUCUCGAAACAUAAUGUUAACAUUUGUAAUCGACGUCUGGAAUCCUUGUGCUCUGUACACGAAAACACUAGGGUAAAGUCGGGAGCUUGGGACGACUCAGGAGUGUUCAUUUACACCACUAGCAAUCACAUCAAAUAUGCAAUCAACAAUGGUGAUCAUGGUAUUAUACGCACAUUAGACCUCCCGAUAUACGUAACGCGAGUUAAAGGCAAUCAAGUUUAUUGCUUGGACAGAGAAUGUAGACCAAGGAUUCUUCGAAUAGAUCCAACUGAAUAUAAAUUUAAAUUGGCCUUGAUCAAUAGGAAAUACGAAGAUGUUUUGCACAUGGUUCGUAACGCAAAUCUCGUUGGUCAAUCUAUAAUUGCAUACUUGCAACAGAAGGGAUAUCCCGAGGUUGCUUUGCACUUUGUUAAAGAUGAAAGAACAAGAUUUGGCCUUGCCCUCGAAUGCGGAAAUAUCGAAGUCGCUUUAGAAGCCGCGAGAUCGCUUGAUGAAAAAUCCAGUUGGGAAAGCUUGGCCCAGGCUGCCCUGUUACAAGGCAAUCAUCAAGUUGUCGAAAUGUGCUAUCAAAGAACCAAGAAUUUUGAAAAAUUAGCGUUCCUGUAUCUUAUAACUGGUAAUUUAGAGAAAUUACGUAAGAUGAUAAAAAUUGCAGAAAUUAGGAAAGACGUUUCUGGGCAAUAUCAGGGUAGCUUGUUACUUGGCGACGUUUAUGAACGUGCAAAAAUAUUGCGUAAUUCUGGUCAAGCUUCGUUAGCUUAUGUAACUGAGAAAAUUCAUGGUAUAUCAUCUCCAGAAGACGACGUUCAAUAUAGUUCUAUGAGCGAAGAACUUUCUGCUCUUGAACAAGGAGCAGAAUAUCUUCGACCUCCGGUACCGAUUCAACAGGCCGAAAACAACUGGCCACUAUUAACAGUAUCAAAAGGUUUCUUCGAGGGAGCGGUUAUGUCACGUGGAAAGAGUCAGGUAGCUGCUGCGUUGGCUCCGGAAGACGAUAACGCUGUACCUGCUGAAGGGUGGGGCAAUGACGAAGAGUUAGGAAUAGACGAGGAGGAAGGUAUCGAAAAUGAAAACGUUCCUGAGGGCGAAGAAAGUGCAGGAUGGGAUGUGGAGGACGUAGAUUUGCCGCCGGAACUCGAAACUCCAGUGGCUGCGACGGAAGACGGCUAUUAUUCACCGCCAACUAAGGGAAUAUCACCAACUCAACAUUGGAUAAACAAUUCGCAAUUCGUUGUAGAUCAUAUACUAGCUGGAUCACUAGAAACAGCAUUUAGAUUGCUAAAUGAUCAAGUUGGUGUAGUUGAAUUUGAAGCAUAUCAAAGUCUUUUCAUGAAUACAUUCGUACGCGCUAGAACAUCAUUUGCGUCGUUACCCAAUAUACCUUCUUUAUAUGGAUAUCCUCAAAGAAAUUUGAAAGAUACAAAUCCAAAAAGCAGUCUCCCUGCAAUCGGAUUGCAUCUUACCGAUUUAGUUCAACGACUUCAAGUAUGCUAUCAUUUGACAACUGGCGGCAAGUUUCCAGAAGCGAUAGAAAAAUUGCAAGCGAUUCUACUCAGUGUGCCAUUAUUGGUUGUUGACACGAGGCAAGAUAUUAUAGAAGCACAGGAAUUGAUUCAAAUUUGUAGAGAGUAUAUUCUAGGUUUAAAAAUGGAGACUGAAAGGAAAAAUCUACCUAAAGCUACUUUAGCUGAACAAAAACGAAUCUGUGAAAUGGCAGCCUACUUUACACAUUGCAAUUUACAACCUGUUCACCAGAUUCUUACUCUAAGGAUAGCUGUAAAUAUGUUCUUCAAAUUAAAAAAUUACAAAACUGCGGCUUCGUUCGCAAGAAGAUUACUUGAAUUGGGACCUAAACCUGAAUUAGCACAACAAGUUAGAAAGAUUUUGCUGGCUUGCGAUAAAAAUCCGGUGGAUGAACAUCAAUUAGCGUACGACGAACAUAAUCCUUUUUCAUUAUGUGCAAGCACGUUUGUUCCAAUUUACAGAGGAAAACCAGAAGUCAAAUGUCCAUUAUGCGGUGCAAGUUAUUUACCUCAAUUUAAAGAUACAGUAUGCAAAGUUUGUGAAGUUGCACUAAUCGGAAAACAAUGUAUCGGCUUAAGGAUAAGUCCUGUUCAAUUCCGAUAAAUUUUUAAUAUCUUUAUCGUUACUGCUACAAAUAAUACAGUAUAUUGUAAUACAAUAUCGUUGUCUUGUAAUUUUUCAAUUGUAUUAUAGAUAAAAAAUAUGUCAUUACAAAAGAUAUUGUAAAUAUGA